UGUUGGGUCGGAGUGAGUGACAGAGUAAAACGGUGAAAGACAAUUAAUGCAUCAGUCUCGCAGACGUCAUGCGAAGAAGCCAUCAGGAAAAGCACAACAAACAGGAGGAGGAGACACAGCUCUUAUGUCUGAGACACACAAGCAUAUGAGCUAGGGCCUACUGCGUGUUCAACAUCCACAUAGCUAUAACCAUCGCAACGUAUAGACUCCAUAGCAAGGAUGAGGACAGAUACCAUGUCCUAUGUGACCUAUAGGCGCCUGAUUCGCCUUCUAGCUUCCUCUCUGCGUACUUCUCCAUCUGUGAGCGCAUCUCAUCCGCCGACUUGCACUCACCUGCAGCAGACACACGCACACACAAGCCAGGCGCCCAUCCAGGCAUCCAGGCACUUUCUUUCUUUGAGCAGCUCACCAGAUGAGUCAUACGUGCUCAUGACGUCUCCUGUGCAGACAGACAGACAGACAGAGAGUUGUCUCUCCCUCUCUUCUCCGUCCGCGGGUACGUGUGCUCGGGUAGGGUACCUACCUUCCCUUAUUUGCGUGACGAGGUCGCUCUCCCUCUUGGUAUACAGCCGGUCGUAGCGCAGCUUGUUGUCCUCCGUGUAGAGUCGGACGUCAUACACAGACAUGCACUUCUUCUCACUGCACACACACAUCCAUGCCAUGCCAUGCACGUGAGCCGCGCCCAUAAAGGGAGUGGGCUGGGCCUCUCUUGCUGGCCUACGUAUUGUCAGCUGAGCAGAUGGGUGGGAUGAAUUCGGGACAUGACGAUUUAUCGCACUGAGUGAUGUCUGCAUGCCAUGCCAUCCCGUUCACAGGCAUGACAUGACCUUAUCCGUAUGUCUCUCUCUCCUUUGUGUGUUGCCAUGAGUCGUCGAGUACCGACCGUACCUGUCGGUUUGCCUUUCUGCCAGUCCUUGUUGCCGCACGGACACCUGCAAACAUCCACCAGCCGCAAACCGUGUGAUUGAUGUCCCUGGCACAUGGAAACGCAUCACAUGCAGGCACACCCGCGUUUUUUGAGGUCUUCCACACGGCCUGUCGAGUGGGGAGUCAGCUGCAUGCCAUGCCAUGGACGCGAGAGAGAGAGAGAGAGAGACAGACAGACAGAAGUCAGAAAGGAAAAACCCACCCAUCGGGCUGUGCUGUGCUGUGCUGUGCGUGUGUAUCCUGCCAACUCACUUGGAUUUUGUUGUAGGUAUAUUGUGUGGUGAGAAUGUAUGUGUUUGUCCAGGGGUCGAUCCUCGUCGACUGCACCGUAUACGCGGCCUCCAGCAACAACGCUGCGCACACACACACAGACACACACACAGAGAGAGAGACAGAGGGGCAUACGAAGAGCAAUUUGUGGAUGCAUGUGUGUGUGGAUGCGCUUAGAAUACCAUAGUCCAAUGUCUCCUCCUCUCUGGAACACUUGAGCUGCCUGCAUGGCAUGGAUUCGCAUACAGACAUCCCCCACCCACACGUGCUUUCUUUCAUAUGGGUGUUGUGGGGGAUGAAGGGGGUACGUGCCUGUUGCUCUUGUGAUGGUCGUCCAUUUCCAGGUACACGUUGUCACGCGAGUACAUUGACAGAGACUCCCUGCACACACACACAUGGGUAGGUAGGUAGGUACAGACGCUCCCGUGCACUGCACCACACAAACCUGAACAUGUGUGGUCCGUGCUCCUCCCUCUCCAUCGACGAGCACUCCAGCGACCACUCACCACACAGACGGUCAACUGACCGACAGACAGGCAGACAAACAGACACACAGAGGGCAUGUUCGUUCAAUGCAUACAAACUGAGGGACACAUACCAGUGGUGACUGGCGUGAUGACCCGUUUCCCGGCUCCGUCAGCAGCUGGUGGUCGUGGCUGUUGUGGCUGCUGCCGACACGGACAUAACUGACACCCUACACGGACGCAGAAACAGAGAGACACCGACGUGUGUGUAUGUCUUGGGCAUAGGCACACCAGCAACCCACCACUGAGUCACUGACCUGCCGGCAGAGUCUGCCCCAUCAGCGGCCCCUGCAGCCCCAGACCGACUCCAGACGUCGUCGACUGCUGCUGCGGCUGCUGUGGGGGCAGUGGUUGUGGCUGUGGCUGCUGCUGCGGCUGGAAGGGCUGCAUUGGCUGCAUUGGCUGGCCCCCCGCUGCUGCAGUGGGCGGCCCAACCUGCUGCUGUGGCUGCAUUGGGGCAACAGCCACCGGCUGACUCACCUGCUGCAGUGGUGGCUGUAGUACGGGCGGGGGCAGGCCGGCUCCUUGCUGCUGAGGUACAUUACCACUCCAUUGCUGUGGUGGCGGCACCUGGGGGGGCAGCUGGCGAGCGGCCACAAUUGCAGGUGGCUGAGGUGCGCUCACACUGACAGGCGACUGCUGGGGCGGCUGCUGCUGCUGACCCCCGUUGCCGACAGAGACAGACACUUGCUGCUGCUGCUGCGGCAAUGGUGGGGCCUGUGGCGGCUGUUGUGGUGGAGGAGGGACGUUUGGUGCACCAGCAGCGCCCGCAGCAGCGACAGCCUGGGGAGCGGAUACAUUAGGCUGCUCUUGCUGCUGUGGGCCGCUGGGCGGCUGCUGUGCCUGCUCUUGUUGCGGCGGCUGGUUUGUGUCCUGAGGAGGAGCUUCCUGUUGCUGUGGCUGCUGCUGCUGCUGCUGCUCACUGCUGGUGGUCUCUUGUGGGCUCUGUUGGGUGUCUUGUGCUGGUGGCUGGGCGGCUUGUGUGUCCUGGGCAGAGAGACAGACAGACAGACAGACAGACAGAGAGACAGACAGACAGAAUGAGACAAACACACAACAGAGCCCUCGGUGCGAAUGCGUCUAUCUGUUGAGGCUAGUUCGCCGCGCGUACGUCAGUCUGGCCGCCGUCUCCGUCUCCCUCUGAAGCCUCCCUGACCACCAUAGUAGAGGUGUCACGCUGGUGCAGCGACGGACGCCCAGCGGACUUUACAUUGGCACCCGGCAUCAUCAUCUCGGCUGCAAAAGUGUGUGUAUCAUGCUCAUGCCGCACACACACAUGGGUCUGGUCUCUCCGCUUAGCUGGCUUACGUGUGAUGUAUUGUGCCGGUGGGAGUGGCAUGGGAGGUGGCGGGAGGGGCACCAUAUAGGGGCCAUAGGCGUACAUGGCCGCUGCUGCCGCGGCCGCGGCUGGCGUCAUUGGCGGGGGUGGGGGAUACACAUACAUCGACAGAGGGUAGUCCUUGCCUGGGUCGGUCGAAACACACACACAGACAGUGAAUGAGUGAGAGUGUGUUCCCUUCUCUCUCUGCAACAGUGGCCGGCCAACCGACCUCUCUCUCUGUUCUUGAUUGAGAGAAAUGACAGCGGGGAAUCAUGCAGAAGCUGCUGACGCCCGUCAGACUCUCUCGUCCCGUUCGCGCAGCUGCGGGCCCCGCCUUUGCUCCUGCCUUCCCUGCACACACACACACAGACACACACACACACACACACAAGGCAGGCACGCAGGCAGGCGCCACGCGUGUUCGUGCAGCUGCAUUAUUGCAUUACCUGUGAGCCGUCUCUGCGAUUGUCCCACCCAUCAUGACGACGACGACAACGCACCCGAGUCUCAGCAGCCGAAACAACGAUGCCAUGGUUCGCCCUGCAGUGCUCGUGCCACAUUCAUCUCAUCCCUAG